CAAAGGUCUUGGAAACGGGCAGAAGCACUCCAGGAGUAAGGAUAUCUUUUGGCAGUGAAAUAGUCAAUGAGAAGGAAGAAGAGAAUGUGAAGUACACAGUUGUUGAUUGUUUUCAGAAGAAAUUGGGCCCAGCAGUGAUGCAGCUAAAACAGGAGUGAGUUGCCAGUAUGGCAGGGGAAGGUGUUAAUUUGUGUCAUCAUGGAAACCUCUUAUGGCUUGAGAUAGCGACAAAGAGAUAUGUUUUUCUAUUUGAUAUAUUCCUUUUGGGACCUCAGACUUUCAAAAAUGGAUUAAAAAUGAUGCUUGAAGAUAGAAACACCUUGAAGGGGUACAGGGUCAUGCAUGACUGCUGCCAUGUCUCAGACAGUCUGUUUCACAAGUACAGUGUCCUCAGUGUCUUGGACACACAGGUUGCUGAUGCUCUGCAGUUUUCAAUGGCAGCAAGUGGCUUCCUUCUGCACCAUAUCUGCACAGUACAGGAGUGUGUGAUGCAGCACAUGAAGAUAUCUUCCAGAUGGGAUGUCAUCACGAAGUGCAGGCAGCAGGUGACUUCAGAGAAUCCCAACAUAUGGUUCUUGAGAUGCUUUCCAGCUUCUCUGCUUGAAGCACUCCUUCUGCUCCUCCACUCAUCUCUAACGGAUAACUUGAGGUCUGACCUAACAGCUGUAGUACAUGGUUAUUUAAAUUCUUAUUGGACGGGGUCUGGAGAUCACCUUGUAAGCACAAAGCCCACUUGCACGGAACUGCCAGAGGAGCUGUGUCAGCUGGCAGACAUCCAGAAGCUGCAAAGGGAGGAAGCAAUAAAAGACUACAGAGUGAAUGAGGUUGGUCUUUUGAUUAAACCGGCCAUGAAAUUAAUAGAGAGAAACAGUCCACAGAAAGAUGGAAACUACAGAGAUGAUGGGGAUCGCUUUCCCAGGAAGAAAGCACGGUCUCAAAUCACAUCCUUCAGCAGUCAGGAU